GCUUCAUUUUCACACCAGCAGCCACCGUAACAGCGACAAGCUGGCUGACGAGGUGUCGUAAAAUCCGGUUAUGACAAAAUCGUUUGAAUUCGCAACCAAAGCAUGGCCACAUACCAACAACAAACAGACGAUAGAGAUUGUUUGACCUGUGGGCGAAAACCGCUUAACUUUUACCGUAUAACAUCCAGCGAGAUCAAGGAGCAGCAAUCGCAGCCCGAUAUUUGUGCAGUUUUGUGCAGGCAUUUUUGGUUUCAGGAUGAGAACCUGCAGGACGAUAUAAUCUGUAAGGUGUGCUGGGAGAAGGUCAGUGAAUUUCAUCAGUUUUAUCUCGAAGUCGAGAAACAUCAUCAGACGGCCCCUGUACUGGUGAAAGAGGAGUACGAGAACCGAACGACUGACGUUGAACAGAACUAUGACACACAAUUGCCGUCAAUAACCAUUAAAAGUGAACUACCUCCUGAGUCAGCUUAUGAUCAGCAUGAGGUUUCCGAUGGCGUUGAAGCAACCGAUGAUGAAAACCCCUCCGAGUACGAACCGGAACCAGAAGUAGAAGAGCCGCGUAAAAAGCGUAAAUACACGCGCCGAACCGGCACUGAAAGAAAAGAGAAGGUGAAGAAACAAUCGUCUGUGUAUGUACCGAAAACACCAGAGGAGCGAGAAUCGGAAGAUCGUUUCAUUCGGCAGCACACGCGCUAUGUUUGUGAGGAUUGUAACAUCGAGUUCGAGCAGUUCCAUGUGUUUCAGCGGCAUAGCCUGCAGACACACGAGAAGGAAGGUUUCAUCACGUGCUGUGGCAUUCGGCAUCGGAAACGCUCGGUACUGUUGCAACACGUUCAACACGCGCUGAACCCGGAUGCGUUUAAAUGCGAGCUGUGUGGUAGAACCUAUAAAAAUCGCUUUGGAUACAAUCGUCACAAAAAAGAUGCACCCGAAGGAAUGGCUCGAGCAGCGGCUAGCCAAGUAUGGAACGCCCCGCACUGGUGGUGGGGCGAGCGUUGGACAGCAGCGGCAAAGUACGGCAGAGGAAUUGCUGCAGUGAAUGUUUGAAGGUAUUUUUUCUGAAUUAUUAACGUAGGGUUACGUUCUAAUAAAAAAAAAUGAAAAGUAUGAUGACUAAGGG